AUGCAGACUGUUUUUACAAACAUUUGAGAAAGACUGUGCAAUAAGUCCAUCCGCAAAAUUUCCUUGCUACUAAAUAUUCCACGGCCAACUGUUAGUGGUAUUUUAACAAAGUGGAAGCAACUGGGAACAACCGCAACUCAGCCAUGAAGUGGUAAGCCACAUAAAAUGACAGAGUGAGGUAAGGCAUGCUGAAGCGCACAGUGCGCAGAAGUCGCCAACUGUCUGCAGAGUCAAUAGCUAAAGACCUCCAAACUUCGUGUGGCCUCCAGAUUAGCACAACAAUAGUGUGUGGAGAGCUCCAUGGAAUGGGUUUCUAUGGCCGAGCAGCUGCAUCCAAGCUUUACAUCACCAAGUGCAAGGCAAAGUGUCGGAUGCAGUGGUGUAAAGCACGCCACCACUGGACUCUA